AUGGAACCAAGAUCUAGAGAAACUACUCCUACAAAAGAGGAUUUGGAAUUUAUAGUUGAUGAUGGUUAUAGACAUGAUGUGGAUCCAGAUUAUGUUCCAGAUGAAAAAUAUCUUGUUAGUGGAAAAGAGUUUAAAAAGUUAACACAAAAUGCUAAAAAACUUGGUGCUGAAUCGCUUGAUUAUUCAAAACGAAAAAAUAACAAAUACAUGGUUACACUUUCAAGUGGAAAAAAAGUUCAUUUUGGAUCAACAAAAUAUGCUGAUUAUCUUACUCACAAAGACAAAGAUAGAAGAGAUAAAUAUCUUUCUAGAGCUACAAAGAUUAAGAAUAAACAAGGAGAAUUAACUUAUAAUAACCCAGAAUCUGCUGACUUUUGGUCCGUUCAUUUACUUUGGCCUAAAAAAUGAUUUAAAAAAUAAUUUAAUAAUUAUAAUAAAAGUGAAUUCAAAUAAGUGUAACAACGAAAUUUGUGCUGCAACUAGAUAUUAUCUUGAUGACGGCGAUAAAUUUAAUAGUUUAGAAAAAGAAUUAAGAAAAGUAUCUGGUAGUUUAUUUUCUUUAGAACAAGCAGUAAAAGAACUAAAAGAAAAAGUAAAUUUAUUAGUAAAGAAAAAUGAAAAGUUGGUUUAAGAAUAAAAAGGUUUUUUAAAAAAUGAAUCGCAAAAAAAUUUUAAAAGAUGGAAAGAAGUUUUAUAUUCAUCCUACUUUUUCUAAAUACUCCUCUUCAAAAGACGGUGAAAUUUUAAAUGUAAAAACUGGAAGAAUAUUAAAAAAAAAUUUGACUGAUCAGGGAUACUAUCAGUUUAGUAUCAGUGAUAAAAAUCUAUCCAAACCAAAGAAUUACUAUAUACAUAGGUUUGAAUGGGAAUGUAUUAAAGGUGAUAUUCCAGAAGGAUAUGUAGUUGACCAUUGUGAUUCUGUUAAAACAAAUAAUAAAAUUGAAAAUUUACAAUUACUAACUGUCUCAGAAAACAUCAGAAAAGGAAAUAAUAAACCAAUAAAAUCAUUUAAAAUCAAAAAUAACAAACAAAAAAAUUAUGAAAGUAUUACUUCUGCUUCACUCGAAUUAGAUAUUUCCUUUUCAAUUAUUUCUAAUAUUUGUAGAAAAGUAAAGUAUUACAAAACAGUGAUUUCCAAAAAAGAUGGGGAUAGAUACACAUUUGAAUUUUUAGAAAAAAAAGUUUAAAGAUUAAAUAAAUUUAUUUAAAAUGCAAUUGUCAAGUUACGAAAAUCUCACCCAAGACAAUAUUAUCUUUAAAGAAUCCAAAGAAUUUAAAGUAAAAGAUAGCAAAAUUAAAUACAAGCGUAUUCCAAUUGAAAUCAAAUAUUCGAAUGGAAAGAAAGGACCGCUUGUAAUCGAAACCCCAUUUCUUUUUAGCUUUGGUGUUAAUGAAAAGAAAAAUCAAGAAACAAAAAAGUUAGUAGGUUAUAGUAUCCCAGUAUGUCUUUGGGCUAAAGAUAGCGAACCAAAUAACAAAGAAAAAGCAUUUUUGGAAGUUAUUAAUAACGUAACAUCUCUUUCUCAACAAUAUUUAGAGAAUGAAUACGGUCCAGAUUUAGCUUCAUCUCUAACUUGUCCAUUAUAUUACAAACAGGAAGAAUACACUGAUAAAAAAGGAAAGAAGAAAACAAGAAAUGAUCCAUCAUCCGCACCAGUUUUUUAUGCGAAACUUAUUUACUCAGAAAAAUCAAAGAAAAUUUUAUCUUUGUUUAAGGGAAAGGGAGGUAAAGAUUUAAAUCCUUUUAAAUAUAUUGAUCAGUACUGUAAUGUUAAAUUGGCAUUGAUAAUUGAAGGAAUCUUCAUAAGUAAAACUGUGACAUCUUUACAAAUAAAAGUACAUGAGUGUUAUGUCAAACCACUCAAACCUAGAGAGUCUUUACUAACAAUUGAAGAGGAAGAUGAAGAGCAAAGCGAUAUUGAAGAGAUAAUUGAUCAAGUAGUCGAAGACUUAGUUAUUUCUGAUGAAGAAAACGAGUAA